GACAAUUCUACAUUGUGCACGGAAAUGCUGUCGAGGAAUGGUACAUUGCUGUACCAGUAUCUACUGAACGUCACCUACGAAGAUCAGUUCAAACAGUUAAUCUAUUUUGACAGCAAUAGAGAUCCGCCGGCUUGGUACGACAUCUUGAACUAUGUGGGUCAACGAAAGCCUGACGAUCCAUACGCAGAAGUGGGCAGCUUUCAAUCGAACAACAUCAAUGGCGUUGAAGAGUUGAACAUGACGGACACGCAUAACAUUGUGUUCUUCGACCGUACUAAUGUUUUGCCGGAAAGCGUCUGCAGUAGGCCAUGCGGCAUGGACAGAAGCAAAGAGAAACCAUUACAUGCUGCUGGAUUUGUGAGAAUUGUAUGGAUCAUCAAAUAG